ACAUUUUGCAAAAAAAACUAUUUUGAUAGCGAAUCCCAAAGCUUUCGAAACUAAUGGAAAACGAAAUAUUAGGAUUUAUCGCUGAGAAUAAUGUCAUCUCCAACGAUCUUAUAUCGAAGAUUGCAACCGAAAAUUUCUUACAAGAUAUUGAGGCUGAAUUAGAAAACAGGAAAAUUGAACAAACUCAACUUUUAACUGUUUCAGAAAAACCAAUUAAUUUAACCGAAGAGAAUCAAAUUGUUAUUGAUAGAAAUUUAAACAUAACGUAUGAUAUUUAUGGAAUGAAACAAUACGAAAUGGCAGUAAUUGGAACAUAUAUUGAUCCAAGAAUAUCUGUUGGAUUCAGGUACCAAGUAAGGCAAAUGAGAAAUAAUAAGUUGGUUUUCAAUAGACCACUUAUCCUUAAAAGUAUUGGACAAGGUUACGGAAAACGUCUGACCUUUGAACCUAGCAGCCUAAAUAAGAAUGACAACGUUUUUUGGUCCGAUAGCCAAAAAGAAGGUUUCGCCUUUUCGAUUAAUAUCAUAAAUACGGACGAUUUAUUCCAAAUUAGAGCGAAGAAUUCAAAGAGAAAAAUUGGUAUUUUAACAAUAACUGAAGUAAACGAAGAACAAAUUGAGAAAUCGACUACUUUCGAAGAUAAUCGAGUGAAAAAGAAGGUUCUGGUUUCCGGAAAAUGUUUAGUUCAUUUUAAAAACAACUCCUCUGCAAACCUACAAUUAGAUUCUGCAAAUGAAAUGAAAUUUUCAGGGACAGCCUUUGCCGAAGUUGCCAAAAGUAGUAAAAUAGUGAAAAUUAAUAAAAUUGCAGAAGUUGAGUUAAUGGGAGUUUUUACAAAGAAAAUCGUUAGACUAACACCUCUAAAACCUCAAUGAGUUGGAUAACGAAUAAGAAGACAAUUCUUUCAAUUUCAAUGUGGCUUUCAAUAACUGUUUUUACUAUCUUAAUCCUGUAUCCCUCUAUAUUUUUAAUAAUAUUUUCAAGUGGGACGUUUAGAUAAUCAUUUAUUUUUAACAAAAAUGUUGAUUUUAUUCAAUACAAUCCUUCAAACAAA